AUGGCUUCUGAGGAUGUCGCACAUACUAUUGAACGCGAUCGACUACCGGUGGUGAAUGACGAGAUCACAGCGGAAGACAACCGAUAUCGUUUGCUUCAAAUCCUUGGCGAUGGUGGAUACGGUACCGUGUUUCUCAGUCAAAACGCCCAGAACAGGAACAUCGCCGUGAAGACGGAAAAAUAUAGCAAGUCGAUGCUGCACAUUGAGGUUAACGUGCUGAAAGCUGCGAACGCCGCUAAAUGCAAGCAUUUCUGCCAGUUAUACGAUUACGUGAGGCACUUGCAAGCCGGACUACGUCUAGUGCCGAUGACGCUGCUCUAUAAAGAUCUUCACAAACUGAGAGCAGAUAUGCCAGAAAGGAAGUUCAGCUUUAGCACUGCGCUUCGCCUAGCCAUGCAAACAUUCAAU